GCUCCCGGCCCGCCACUGCCCCACCGGCGCCCCGCUCAAGGCCGGACUCGCUCGCCGGCGUGGGAUCGUGGAGCGGCUCCCAGUAUAAAUCAGUACCCCGGGGACUGAGGGUGAUCCUGGGGCUGAGGCCUCGGCCGUGAUCCGCCGGGCACAGGGUGGCUGCGGGGACAGCUCCGUCUGCCCCUCCGCUCCUUGACCUCCUGCUCUCUCCGGACAGACACCGGCCCUUCCCCUCCAGCAUCCUCGGUAGUGGCUCCGCUCCAGCAGCCAACACAAGGGACUGAAAUGACCUUGAAAGCCGGGAACAAGGGCAGCUCGCCGGAUCCCGCCCGGGCUCGCUCGGGCCGAGGCAGCCCGGCCCCAAGUGCCUCCCUCUGCCUCUGAUCCUCGGGGUUUUUUUUUCUCGGAGGCGAAAUCCCUGACUCGCUCUCUUCUGCCUCCGCCCCGCGCUUCCUCCUCGCUUGCGCCGGCAGCAGGGAAGGGAACCAGCGAAAAUCAAACGCCGCCGGAGGGGCUCGCCCCGGACCGCUUCCAGGCCGGAUCCCAGCGCUGUCGCCAGGCUGAUGCAUGAAAAAGUGUCUCCCCUGAAGAGCCCUGAGCCGAUGCAUGGCCGUGAGAAACUGGAGGCAUCCCACAAGGAGAAGAGUUUGGAUUCCCUUGAUGGCAGCCUCCACCUGAAUGAAGCCCUGAAGGAUGAGGACAUUAAGAAAUGUCACCGGGAAGUGGCUGCUAGCAAGUACAACUCCCAGUACCACAAACUGUUCAAGGACAUCCCAACGGAGGAGAGUGUGCUGAAAGUUUGCUCCUGUGCCCUCCAGAGAGACAUCCUCAUCCAGGGAAGGCUUUACAUCUCCCCCAACUGGCUCUGCUUCUACGCAAACCUUUUCGGGAAGGACAUCAAGGUUGUGAUACCAGUGGUCUCUGUGCAGCUGAUCAAAAAGCACAAGACGGCUCGGCUGCUGCCCAACGGCUUGGCCAUCACCACCACUGCCAGCAGAAAGAUUCUCUCUCUCUCUCUCUUGCAGUACAUCUUCGUGUCUCUUAUCUCCCGCGACAGUGUCUAUGAUGUCCUGAGGAGAGUCUGCACACACCUGCAGGUUUCCAGUAAGAAGAGCUUAAGUUUGAAGGAGCUGUCGGAGGAGCCUGAUGCUGUGUCGCUGGUGAGGGUCAGGGCAGCUCUGGGAGAGGGAAGGACCCCCACGAACUCGCCCUGUGGGCAGGAGAGCAGCCACCUGGCCCCCUCGGAGGUGAUUGUUCCUGAGGGCAAGUGGAGAAAGGUGUCACCUGCUUCGCUGUCACUGUCACUGCCAGACACUGACUACCAGUGCAUCCACCGGACCUCAGUCAGCAGCCUGAGUGCCAAGGAGAGCUCCUGCACCUCCGAGGAGCCCCUGGUUUCAGAAAGUGCAAUAAACACUGAGGAGGAGCUGGAGGUGGAGCAGAGCUGUGUGGCGGAGCUGAGACCCUCUGACUACCAACUCCUGAAGAUCUUCAUUGUGCUCAUCUGCCUCCUGGUUGUGUCCUCCUCCUACCUGGCAUUUCGCAUCUUCCGUCUGGAGCAGCAGCUCUGCUCUCUGAACCGGGACUACCUCUCCCGUGGGCACAGGAGGUGACCAUCACCCUCAGCACUGGCUGAGACAGUGGCAUCCUGCAAAUGGAUCUCUGUGCUGCAUCCUCCCACCAGGGCUAUUGCAUGUGUCCCAGGUUUCCCUCAGGCGGUGAAAUGGGACCAAGUAUCUUCUCUCUUCCUGCUGGCACCUGCUCCCAGUGGGACCACCUGACCAGCUCAUGGCCACUGGUGCCAACUCUCCAUCCCACUGGAAACCCGUUUUCUCCCCGGGACACUGCUGCACCAUAACACUGGAGGAUGCCCCUGUGCUGCCAAGUGGUUGGACCUCCCCUUAGGACUUGCUGCUAAAACGGGUGCCGGUUUUUAUUCCAGACUUGGUUUUUUGUUAAAAAGACCUCAGGCUCACCGGGUACCCCAGGAGACAGGUGGUUUGCUGUGACUGCUGCUCAGGGUGAAGCCCAGGCAGAGGCUUUGGCUUGAACCUGCCUGUUUGUACCCCUCUUGAUACCUUUUGGGACCACAGCUGGAGAAAUGUCCCCAACCACACUGGUGUGUGGGGAUGGGGAGAAAAAGGGGCCACCAACCCUGUUAGAGUGUCAUUUCUCCCAGCACCCAAGGGUGGGGGGUACAGUGCUCCAUACCAGCCCCCAGCCCUUCUCUCCUGGAGCACUGGGUCCUCUUGGGGGUGUGUGUGUCCCUGCAAAGCACUUUAGUGUCCCCCAGACCAGGAGUCUUCACUGGGGAAGGGAGCCAGACCAGAGCUUCGUCAGCCCUGCUCGCCUCAUUGUUACUGGCACCAGGAAACUUGCUGGAUUGUAGUGGAUCUGUGCCCUGGUUUGUGUGAACAUCUUCACCAUGUGGAGCUGAGUGCCACGGGAUGUAUCCCACAGGAUUUAUUUAUCUUGCAUCCUUCCCUGUGAGCGUGCAGGGGCAGCAGGUGAUACCUGUGUGAUUUAUUUUGGUUUUCUUUCCUGUUUUUCUGGGGAACUGAAGUGCUGAUGGGGCCAAAUCCCCACAAUCUGGGGAAGAGCUCACUGCUUGCUCUGGGCUCAGAAUGGCUAUUCCAUGAAAAUAAAACGAGGAUUUUUCUAGCAUGCCC